CCUAGAACGUCAAAUAAAAAAAAAAGUGUAACCGUUGUGCUGUGGUUGUCGGUUGUCAAUUUUUGCGCCAAUUUCAUUUAUUAUUUUUAUUUGUUUAAUUUGCGUUUGCUCUUCGUUUUUUACGUGAAAAUUUAGCUUGAGUGCAUCAUUCAACAUUAUUAUUGAAAGCGCCAAUGGAGGGCGCGGUGACACCAGACGGCGGCCGGCGCACCCGCGCUGCCCUCGCCGAGAUCCCUGUGCGACUGGAUCGUCUCCGUGUUACUCCGUUGCAGCCCGUCACUAACAUCAGAGAGCGCUCCCCCGCACUGCCUGCUGGCUACCUCAGCCCAGCAGCGUCCCCUGACGAAAUGCUUAUACAGCAGAGAGGCCGUAAACGUCUCCCAGUGACUUGGUCGCCAGAUAUCGAUCUGAAGCGUAACUCUUUCCACUCCACCGUGCGCACACCACCAAAGGACAACCAUUUAUCUCCUCAUAAAUUGGGCGUCACCCUUCGUUCGACACCUCGUAAGCGUCUCCUACUCGACACAGAGCGCAUACCACUGACUCCCGAAAAAAUCGAUUUCAGCGACAUCAGCACCCCUCAAAAAUUCAAAAUCACCAGCCCCAUUAAAAGUACACCGCCCAUAAAGCGAUGUAGGCUCGACCGAUCAUUGAACGCCGAAUACAAAGGCCCCAUCGAUACCGCUCUCAAGGGUUUGAGUCCUACCCAACUCAUUCACAUGAUCAAGACCAUUACAUAUAAGCAUCCGGAAAUUGAACAGGAGAUCAGGAAUGAUAUGCCAUUGCCUGACCUGUCACCCCUUGAGGAGCGCCUGAGUUACUUGAAGAGUAACAUCUUUAAAAGUCUGCCUACCUCUCGGCUUACUUCCAAAACUGAUUCCCCCGCGUACUCUAGGGUCGCCACUCAUUUGGCGGCGUUCAAAAAGUGCGUCGUUGAGCAGGGUAAGGUGUUGGUCGAGUCUCAGCAUUGGGAGUCAGUGCUACAGUAUGUUUUCUUGGCAUGGAGCUAUGUAAAGGCUACACCUUUGUGGGACAACCAGCCGCAUAAUGCGCAAAGAAAACAAUGCUUCAAAGCCCUCACAACUUAUUGCAUGACUGCCCUCAAGAAGGGUAACUUACAAAAAGAUGUGUUGGCUGAUGUUCAAGAUAAGCUCGAAGGUAUGGUGGCGGACAGUGAGGAGAUAGCGUCUUGUUUGAAACACGUGCAAGGUCAGUUACAAGAAUUCUAGUAAUUCUAUUCUUAAUCAUAUUUGGCUUGUGAGAUUGACCACAUUGUGACAGAUUCUAUAAUUGUUAAUGAAUUAAUUGUUAAAAGACUGAAAAUGCUAUCUACACCAGUUAGUGAGAAUAAAAUUCAACAAAUUGAAAAAGGAUGGUUUCAAUGGAUGUGGCAUUUCUUUGUUAUUUAUUAGAUUUUCUUUUCUUCCUGUAUAAUAAUAUCUUUUUUUCUAGUUAUGGCAAACAAUUAUGGAAUCUGAUUUCUCUUAAUUGAUACCUCAAUGUAGAUUGUACAAUCAAUAUUUUUUUAUCUUCUUUUUGUUAGCUUAAUCUAUGUUUUCUUUAAGUUACUCGUACAAUGAUUUAAAACUAAGAUUUUAAAUAAUAUAUUAACUUACUUAAUUGGUUAAAAAAAUAUGUGCUACCGCUAAAACAGUAGCCAUCACAGCUGAAUUAUUAUUUCACUUUAAUGAAAUUUCAUACUAUUGCCGAAUCAAAACUACAAUUUAAUCGUUAUUUUUUUAAAUAUAUAAUGUAUUACCAGUAAAUAAAAUUGUGCCUUCAUUGCAUUUAAAUAAUGAUAAAUUAAUAAGUAUCAAAUAUUUUUUCUUCAUGUUUUUGUGUUUUACAUAGAAUAAGCGUAACGACUUUGGUACUGUUGAAAGGAAUCAAAAAGUUUUUUUUUUAUUAAUAUAAUAUAUUUGUCUUCCAUAUUUUUAUGGACUUAGUGUUUUGAUUCUUUUCAAUGUAGCUGUGACAAUGCCAAAGUUUAAUUACUAUAAGUAGUAUGUAGUCUUUGAUAUUUUUACCUUUUGUAAUAUUUUGUCAUUACUUCAUUAGAAAUCCAGUGAGACAUACUAAAUUAACUAAAAAUCACGGUUUACUCACGUUAAUUUAUGGAGAAAAGCUCUACUAGUUUUACUAGUAGGCUGCACGACGUCACCGCGUCUGCGCACGCUGCUUAAUAUGAUGAAGAGUCCCACUGUGACUCGAAACUAGUAGAGCUUUUCUCUAUUAAUUUAUGUGAAUAAACCGUGAUUUUUAAUUAAUUUACAAAUCCAGUCUCUUUCAUCUACAAAUGAAAAUGCUUUAGUAGUAUCAUUCGGAUAGUCUAUUUAUUGGUUUUAACUUAUAACAUAUUAAGCAAUUCGGACGCGACGUCUUGCGUGAGCGAUCUAGACGCGAAGGCGAUACGGUGCGGCGUGAUGCGAAAACAAAAUGUCAAAAUCUAUUAAUCUGGCAUACGUGACCAACCGCACGUGUGAUGCGGUGAGCAUUCAAUUGGCUUGGUCACACCGCAUCGCGUUGAAUUCGCGUGUCACCGCACCGCGCGUUCGCUUCUAGAUCGCUCACGCAAGAUGACGCGUAAACACUGGAUGUUAAACAUGAAAAAAUUAAAAAUAAAUGUUCACGCACCCAUCAAGUAACUCCAAUCAGUUAAUUUUAUUCACGACCGAAAUCAAUAACCGAUCGCAAUUCAAAAUCUGGACUAAGAUCAAUUUUUGACACAGACAUUUAGAUGUCCUUGUCAAAUUAAGAUCGAUCCAGCGGGCUCAUUACGAGUUUGUUUUAAGUUUAUCGAGAUCGAAACGAGGCGCUCUGAUAGGUUGGUUCUCUGGAGCCGGCCAAUCAGAGUGCCUCGUUUCGAUCGCGUUAAGCGUAAAACAAACUCGUACUAAGUACUCUGAUAUUUUGGAUUAAUUUUGUAAUUAACUUCCAAAUCUAAUGCAAGUGUGGAGUUACUUGUGGCGUUGCGUGUUUCCUGUACACAAAAAUCUUGAGAUUAUAAGCAAUAAGUACAAUGUGUUGUUUAAAUCUAAAUGUCGUGCCUUAUCAUAUAAGUGAUUGACAAAAUAUCAAUUGAUAUUGUUAGUUUAUGUAAUUGUACCUAAGCUUAAAUACAUUUAAUUUUUGUAAUA